AUGCUGAGCUACAGCGCGGACUCGUUCUUCGCCGGCUUCUCCCGCAAGGAGCCGGGCGGGCGCUCGGGGGGCUCGCUGGGCUCCAGCGGCUUCCACUCGCAGUCGUGGUCGCGCAGCUCGACGGCGGCGGCGGCGGCGGCGGGCUCCCGGCGCCUGGGGGCCGGGGCGGCGUCGGGGCCGCGGAGCCAGCUGGGCUCGUCGACGGAGAGCCUGGAGUCGUCGGCGAACGGCGAGCCGCGCCGCCGCAGCGAGAAGGAGGUGCUGCAGGCGCUCAACGACCGCUUCGCCGGCUACAUCGACAGGGUGCGGCAGCUGGAGGCGCACAACGGGCAGCUGGCGGCCGAGGCGGCGGCGCUGCGCCAGCAGCAGGCGGGCCGCUCGGCCAUGGGCGAGCUGUACGAGCGCGAGAUCGGCGACAUGCGCGGCGCGCUGGUGCGGCUGGGCGCCGAGAAGGGGCAGCUGCGGCUGGAGCGCGAGCGGCUGGACGACGCCGCCGCCCAGCUGCGCCAGCGCCUCGACGCCGAGGCCCGCGGCCGCCACGAGGCCGAGGCGGCCGCCCGCGCCCUCGACGCCUUCGCCCAGCAGGCGCGCCUGGCCCAGGGCGAGCUGGACAAGCGGCUGCAGGCGCUGCGCGACGAGGGGCUCUUCCUGCGCCGCGCCCACCACCACGACGUGGCCGAGCUGCUGCAGCAGGGCGCGGCCGGCGGCGGCGGCCAAGUCCAGGCGGCCUUCGAGGCCCGCGAGGCCGCCCACAAGGCCGACGUCACCUCGGCGCUCAAGGAGAUCCGCGCCCAGCUGGAGGGGCACGCCGUCAAGAGCACCCUGCAGUCCGAGGAGUGGUUCCGAGUGAGACUGGACAAGCUGUCAGAAGCGGCCAAGGUGAACACGGAUGCCAUCCGCACAGCCCAGGAAGAGAUUUCCGAAUACCGCCGACACCUGCAGUCCAAAACUACUGAGCUUGAAGCUCUGAAAGGGACAAAGGAAUCUUUGGAGAGGCAGCAGGCUGACAUGGAAGAUCGCCAUCAUGUCGAUGUCCUGUCUUACCAGGAGACGAUUGCACAGCUGGACAAUGAGCUGAGAAAUACCAAGUGGGAGAUGGCAGCCCAGCUCCGGGAAUACCAAGAUCUGCUCAAUGUCAAAAUGGCCCUGGAUAUAGAGAUUGCUGCGUACAGGAAGCUUUUGGAAGGAGAGGAGUGCCGCAUGGUAGCAGGAUUGGGACCGUUCCCUUUCCCCGAAGUCCUCCCCAAAGCUCCCAGCAUUUCCACUCAUAUCAAGGUCAAAAGCGAAGAGAAGAUAAAAGUGGUGGAGAAGUCAGAGAAGGAGACAGUGAUUGUGGAAGAGCAGACUGAGGAAGUCCAAGUAACUGAAGAGGUCACUGAGGAAGACGGAGGUGAGAAAAAGGAGGAAGAAGAGGAGGGGGAGGAAGGGGAGGAGGAAGAAGAAGAUGAAGAGGAGGAGGCAAAAGAAGAGAAGGAAGAAUCUGAAGGAGGAGAGGGUGAAGAGGAGGAGGAGGGGGCUGAAUCUCCAGAGAAAGGCAAAGAUUCUCCUUCAGCAGAAGCAGCUACAUCCCCAAAACAAGAGCCUGCAAGUAAAGAAAUAGCAGUCAAAUCUCCAGAAAAAAUUAAGUACCCAGAGAAGGAAGAAGCCAAAUCUCCUGCAGCAAAGUCUCCAGCAAAAGCUGCCACUCCCACAAAAGAGGAGGCCAAAUCCCCCGCCAAAGUGAAGUCCCCAACUAAGGAAGAGGCCAAGACUCCAGCAGUCAAGUCUCCUGAGGCGGUUCCAUCCCCUACCAAAGAAGCAGCCAAGUCUCCAUUAAAGGUUGCAUCUCCUACCAAGGAAGGAGGCAAGUCUCUAGAGAAGGACAAGUCCCUGGCGGUGAAAUCUCCAGAGAAAGCAGCAUCCCCUACGAAGGAGGAGGCCAAGUCUCCAGGGAAGGUCAAGUCUCCAUUAAAGGAAGAGGCCAAGCCUCCAGGGAAGGUCAAGUCACCCACAAAGGAAAAGGCCAAGUCACCAGAAAAGGAGGUAACCCCACAAAAGGAACCAGCCAAGCCACCUCAGAAGGAUGCAAAGGCAGAUGUGAAAGAAGAGAAAGAAAAAGAGAAAGCUCCAACAAAAGAAAAACCAGAUGAGAAGAAAGCAAGCAAGAAAGAAGAGGAGCCCCAAAAGGAAACCACAGCCAAGGAUGUGCAGAAGCCUGAAAUCAAGACAGUUGAGGAGGAGAAGAAGGCCAAAACUGAGGGCAAAGAUGACCACAAGAAAGACACCAAGCCUGAAAAACCUGCCCCUGAGGAGAAGGAGGAGGAGGCAGCUGCUAAAGCUGAAGAGCCCAAAGUGAAGGAAAAGGAACCCACCAAACCAGCAGCAAAACCCAAAGAAGAGCCUAAGAAAGAAGAGAAAGCAGCAAAGAAAGAGCCUGAGCCAAAACCUCAAGAGAAAGAUACAAAAACCAAGGAACCAAGCAAGCCAUCUGAGAAGGAACCUGAGAAACCAAAGGCAGAAGACAAGAAAGAAGAACCUAAGAAAGAGCCCAAGAAGGAGCAGGAGGAGAAACCCAAAGCAGAAGCCAAGUCUAAAGAAGAGGCCAAAAAGGAACCAAGCAAAGAAGAGGCCAAGAAGGAACCCAGCAAAGACUCCAAGGAGACACCCAAACCAGAGCCUGUGAAAGAAGCUCCCAAGGCAGCCAAGCCCAAGACAGAGAAAGUGGAAAAGUCCUCCAGCACAGACCCCAAAGACAGCAAAGCCACAGAGAAAGUGGCGUCGGCAAAGAGUGAGAAGUGA